GGUUUUUCAUGACACGCAGCUGAAUAUGAGUUACAAGCUUAGGCACCGCAUGGACAUUGUCGCGAGUUGAGUAGUCGUUAAUAUCUUAUCUUAAGCGUGGAGCACGUCAGUUUAAGACAAACCUGAACGAAACUACACUAUUCUAGAUUUAUCAAAAUAAGACAUCAUGACUGACCGGAAGGCAGUGAUAAAGAAUGCUGACAUGUCCGAGGACAUGCAGCAAGAUGCCGUGGACUGUGCUACUCAGGCCAUGGAGAAGUACAACAUCGAGAAAGACAUUGCUGCAUACAUCAAAAAGGAGUUUGACAAGAAGUACAAUCCCACGUGGCAUUGCAUUGUGGGACGUAACUUUGGCAGCUACGUGACGCAUGAAACAAAGCAUUUCAUCUACUUCUACCUUGGUCAAGUGGCCAUUCUGCUGUUCAAAUCAGGCUGAGGGCCAGUUUUUCAUCUCUCAAAUUGAGCUUCAGCUCCAAACCUGGACUGUGAUGCACUAAUGACUGACACAACACACAUGCGCACACACACACUUAACUCUUCUUGAGAAAAUAGCUAUAGAGGCUAUGCAUAAGUGCAUGGACCAUGUACAAUAUUUAAUUUGUAUAUGUUGCAAUACAAAAAUUAUGGCGCUUUUGUGGUUGCUGUAGUUUUGGCAGAUUAUAUUUUUUUUAGUGUUUCUUGAAGUUUAAAAUUUGUUUUUGCACUGAAGUUGUAUAAAAUGCUUUGACUGCUACCUUUAAGUAAUAUUAAAGAAUGAUAUCAUAAA